AGAUUAGAGUGUGUUUGUGAUGAUUAACAACAAAUUGAAAUUGACUCAUAUUCGCGAGUGAAUAGUGAAAUAAUUUUGGAUUAUUUGUUUAGGACUGUUUCAGAAAAACAUCAGGCUUGACACCGAUUCCAGAAGUAUGGCUCCCGAGAUAUCAGCACAAUAAAUCACGUAGAGUGAUCAGAGUGGAAAGGGGUCAUUCACCGACUAAAUGUAUUAAAAAUUCAUAUUCGAAACCAUCGUUCCCCGAACCUAAUGAUCCGCCUCAAGUUCGAAAAUUAAUUCGAAGAAUUUCCAUGAAUAAAACAUCCGGAAGGAUCGCGAUAAUGGCAAAUACUCAUGCAUAUUCAACGAUGACGUGAAGGCUCCUCCACGCUAGAAAAACAAGACAAUAUUCGUAUGGCGACCACUAUCAACCCCAGCAUAGUCAACGAAACCGUCAACUCCACCAACGAGUACUUCACCGGAUACAACCAGAUCGAGCAAAUCGUUAUCUCCUUCAUCCUCGUCACCAUCAUCCUCGGGACCAUCGUGGGUAACAUCCUCGUGUGCGUGGCAGUGUGUUUAGUGCGAAAGCUGAGGCGGCCCUGCAACUACCUCCUGGUCAGCCUAGCGGUGAGCGAUCUGUGUGUGGCCAUCCUGGUAAUGCCCAUGGCGGUCUUCUACGAGAUCAACGGCAAAUGGAUCUUCGGGGAGAUCAUGUGCAACCUGUGGGUCAGUUUUGACGUGCUCAGCUGCACUGCGUCCAUCCUGAACUUGUGUAUGAUCAGCGUGGACCGGUACUACGCGAUAACAAAGCCUUUGGAGUACGGAGUCAAAAGGACCCCCAAGCGGAUGAUCCUCUGGGUUAUCCUGGUGUGGUGCUUCGCGGCGUGUAUUUCUCUCCCGCCACUCCUCAUCCUCGGUAACGAACACAUGGAGAUCGGGGAGAACGGGGAAAAGAAGUUCAAUGUUUGUUUGGUUUCGCAGGACUUUGGUUACCAACUCUACGCGACUAUGUGCAGCUUUUAUAUACCGUUGACUGUGAUGAUGCUCGUAUACUAUAAGAUUUUUCGGGCGGCUAGGAGGAUAGUGAACGAGGAGAAGCGAGCGCAGAGCCAUCUGGAGUCGCACUGCUACCUGGAGAUCAGCGUGAAAAACGGCGGGGGACACGCUGAAAACAAAAUUUCUAGUCAGACGGCCUCGCCUGCUCCGGGCAGGGGGAACCACAGAACCAGUUCGGGAAGUACGAAUACGAUGUACAGCUUCGACAGAACCCCCCUGGGCCGAUGCUUCAAGUCGAGACACAGCAACGAAUCGCAGUGCCCCAUGCUGGCCUCCAAGCCGCCCAUGCAGCAGCACGCCAAACAUCAGAAACAAAAAAAAUCCAACUUCCUUACGACCAUCAAAACCUCUCCAAGCACCAACAGCCACCAGAAGAAGUUGAGGUUUCAACUGGCAAAGGAGCGCAAGGCGAGCACGACGCUCGGUAUAAUAAUGAGCGCGUUCACGUUUUGCUGGUUGCCCUUUUUCGUGCUGGCCCUAGUGAGGCCCUUUCUCGAAACCACGAACGCUCUCAAGACGUUAGCUACGUUGUUCCUAUGGUUGGGCUACGCCAACAGCUUGCUCAAUCCGAUUAUCUACGCCACGCUCAAUAGAGACUUCAGGAAACCGUUCCAGGCAAUUUUAUACUGUCAAUGCGGUAGCCUGAACAACAUGAUGAGGGAAGAGUUUUACCACAGCCAAUAUGGAGAUCCGGAUCAUCACAUCAACAGGUGCCAUACGGAAUACGAAGAAGGUGUGGAGUAUAUCGAGGCAGACGGGGAAGAGGUGAAAGUUCCUGAAGCUGAUGCAGCAGCUCAUGAGUCAUUUCUAUGAUUUUCGAAGAAUUACGGGACACGGUGAACAAAAUAACCCGAAGCACAGGAAAAUCAAAUUCGGAAAUGAUGCCAUGGAUUUUGUUCAGGGAUUCGGAUUUUCUUCUAGUCGUGAUGUAGAAUAUCACCAUUUGAAAAAGGAAGUAUUCUUUGCAGAACGGUGUCAAUGGAAUAUAUCAUUGGAGUGCUAGUAAACAUUUGGACUGAUAGGAAGAAAAAACUUUGUUUUCAUUGUCUACUCUUGGAAUCAAUUAUGUUCAGUGGAACAUCAUCUGAAGAUUUUGCUUCAUGUCUGUAUCUGUAUCUAUAGAGUAGGGAGGGUAAGUGCAUACCCACAU